GUAGUACGUUCACGCCGCACGCUACAGUACGCAUUCUUAUAUGUAUAAGACCAUAGAUCUCAACAAUUAAAGAUACAUGUACUAGUACGUACACAGCCAAUAGCAGACAAGUUAGGAGUGAUAUUACCAGACGACUGAGUUGUGCUGCAGUCUCCAUCAUCGCAAGUUUGUGUUUCUCCCUGACCAGACCACGCCCAUUUUAUAAAUUUUUGUCUGCAAUAGCAUCCAUAAUCAACAAAAAAUGGCGGAAGAAAAAGCAUCUAUCGGGAUGACAGCGACCGACCCCAACGCCCCUCCGUCUUAUGAAGCCACGCAACAAGAUCCCGCCGGUCCACCAUCUUACAAUUCUCUGUUCGGCCAAAUCCAGAGCGAGAGAGAGAAAAACAGCAAUCCUGUUAGUUUCAUCGGAUCCGUCGCUAGGAUCCUGCUCAGCACAUUUAUCGUGACAUUAUUCAUGGCUAUGAUGCUUGCAAUCCCCAUCACAAUGAUUGUCAUAGGGUCCAUUUACAUAGACGACUGUCCUGUUGAGUAUCUCAUUCCCAUUUAUCUGAUCACCAUGGGAGCGGCUUAUAUUGUAAAAUCAUUGAUUGACUUGAAGGGAAGGUUUCAGAAAUCAAGACUUCCUAAGGAAGAACAGGCCGACUUCAAACCAAACAAAGUAGAGAGCGGACUCAGCCACCUCCUUGGAACGUUCUGCUUCGCCUUUUUCAUUGCCGGAAAUGUAUGGAUCUACUCGAAUUACAAGCCCAACACCUCUGACAGUUCUAGCGAUGACUACUGCCACCCAACGCUCUACUACUUUGCCUUCUGGGUGACCACGGUCUGCUACAUCAUUGCAGGUUUAUUCUGUUUCUGCGGCUGCUGUAUCGGCUGUAUGGCCAGCUGCUGUGCCACGGCUGGCGCGGCAACCGGUCCAUCUUCGGAGGCCGGAAAGAGAGAUGUCCCCUAGUUUGAUGACAAUGAUCGGUAUAGUGAUUAGAUGGAAGUUAGGAUUUCGUUAAUUGUGAUGAAUAGAUGAUGAUGAGUCUUCAAAAUGGGAGGGAAAUUUUCAUACCGUUUCCACUUCAUACAAAUGUUGUGAUGGUAGCAUCCUUUUCUUUUGUAGUCUAUCUUUGCUUAAAAAGGGAAUAUAAUGCUUUGUGUCUUUAUUGUAUUCACGAAGCCAACGUACGUUGAUUGCUUGACAGAUCUUAUUAAUCAUUCUUGAUCACGCUGAUAAUAUGGUCACAAAUUAAGAAUAAGACGAACAGUGACGAAAAUAUAAAGAAAACGGGGUUGGGCUAGGGGUUUCAGCACCACUUUUCUAUUCAAAACUGUGUGAAAAACGUAAAACUUACUAUCUGAUGAUGAUUUUUUUUUGCAUGGCUAGUACCCCCCCGUUCGACUCGACCCCCAAUUUCAAAAUCGUUCCACGGCCCUGAACAACAGCAAAUCUGGGGCCCGUCACACAAAGCUUAGCAAUGAUCGUAGAACAUUUUUCUCUGAUUGAUUCCAUUGACUACAAUGUACAAUCAAUCGUAAAAUCAAGCUUACAAUAAUUGCCAACCUCGGGGCCAACCUUUGUGUUACGGGACCUUGGUUAAGGGCCCCUUUUAAACCUUCCAAAGGAAAAAAAUCACUCCUGACAAUAGCACCCGGUUAGGGAUUGUGAAAUGAUGUAGAGUUUGAAGUUGGCAACUUCGUGAAUUUCAUACGGCUAGGUGUCGAAUUUGACAUUUCUUUCAAUUAUCAAUAUAUUGGUACGUGAACAGCGGCAAAUACAGUCCUUAUCACAUUUAAUUUUCUUUUAACCUAUCGAUAAUCAUGAUAUUUAUGUGAGCUAGCAGUUUAUUUUUGUAAAUAAUAAUGUAUUUAUGGUAUUUUGUUGUGUAUUAAUGCACCAGGACCACACGUCUUUCAGUUAGCACGUAGCAUUACGAAGAUUAUUACAAUAUUUAUGGAAUUUGAAUUCGGUUCAACUCUUAAAUAAAAUAUUAAACACAGCGACAUUGAACCUCGAAGAGGUGGUCCCUUCAUGGGCUCUUUUCAAGCCGCUGCAUGAUGGGAUAGCAUCACCUGUAGCCGAAAUGUAUUUCCAUAGCUUCAUUUUCCGGUUCCAUGAAAUUUGCUCCCGCAACAAUUGCUCCGAAGGAAAAUCUUCACGUAUAGCCAAACAUAAAAUCCAACCUCCAUAACUAAAACCUCCCCCCCCCUUUUUUUUUUUUUACAUUAUUCUGAACCACAAACUAUAUUACAAUCAUAACUCUAACCCUAUGCCCUCUGAAAGAUAUCAAGACCGGAGCGCAUGUCGCAGGAGCAAUUGCCGUGUCACCAGUGGUUAAAGGUUUCCACCCCUCUUUUGUUGUAUAUAGUAGGAUUGAGUUGGCACGAUGUGUGGUUUACAAUGAACACAAACAUGGUUUGAAGAGAUACAUUGGGAUAUGAUGUUCAAGGUUUAAAAACAGCAUCUUUUCCGUUGCCGAUGAUCAUUAGGCUCUGUUUAUUGGAUUUCAUAAUUUGGAUAAAAGGUGAUAGGCGUUUAUUGUAACUUUUAUCGUUAACUUAUUUACCUACAGUAUAUUUUAUUUUCAUCUCAUUGUACAGUUUAUGCCUUAAUGUGUUUUUACAGUAAAGAUUAAUAUCCAUGACGUAUAAGCCCGGCACCCUAACGAUAGUGCUGGAAACAAGGUAUUAUUUAACCAUUCAACAUUUUUCUACCAUCAAUACGAUUGCCUCGACUGAUCUGAUACGAUCUUAUACUUCUGAUACGAUCAUUGCGAUCACUCGCCGAUUAAGACCACCGUUUCAAUCGAGGUGCAAACCGUGGCGGAAGGAACUACACUCUCAAAAUGUUGGGC